CUCGUCAAACCCGUAACUCUGCUUUCUCCGUGUGGAUCUUCCGUUUGAAUUUGAAACCCGAUUCUCAAAUUGCUUUUUCUCUGUCUUUAGUGUUCAAAUUGCCAAUUUUGCAUCUCAAGAUUACCCCUUUUCUGUGUGCGUUACAGUAGUUUUUGGUGAUGGGAUGGCUUAUAAUAUCAUAAUAAGCUUUCAACGACUUUCCCUGCCUUUGAUUCUUCACAAAAGCCAAAACCCACCGCCGACUGUCUGUUCCCUCCUCUAAUUUCUUCUUCCAUUUCAUAGAAUUCAUUUUUCUAAGUCAACUUUGUCGCCUGUCUCUUUGUACCCUUGUAUCCCCGAUUGCUUUUGAAGGGUUUUGGGUAACAAAGUUCAAUGCUUUGAAUUUUUCAUGUUCUAUUCUUUCUGGGUUUAGAUAAAGACAUCCCCUUUUUCCCUAGAUUUUGAGUUUUAUUUCUAUAACUCUGGGUCAUUGGUCUUGGUCAGGGAUUGGUGGGAUUGGGUCCUUUUCUUAGGGUUUACUUUUCUUUGGUUUUGGUUUUGUGUUUUUUGUUUUUUUUUCUCUGUUGGUCACUUUUAUUUUUAUUUUAUUUUUUUCAGGUUUCAUAGGAGAGAACAAGUAUUCUCAACAUCCUUAUUGGUCUGUGACUUUGUGUUUUUUAACACCCUUAAAAAGCCUUGGAUUAUCAGGUCAAUCUUGGAGGGAAUUCAGAAUUGAUAAUUGGAGUUGGAAUAAGAAAAGGGGUUGGUGAAACUGGGUUUCUAUUCCAUCUUAUUUGUACCUGUUUUAUUUGAUAGGUUUUGAUAUUUUUUUUUGAUUGAUUAUAGGCUGUGACUGUCUAUUUCCAUUAUUGAUAUUAUAUGGGUGUUUGAUGCAAACUGAGAGAUAGAAUUUUUUCUCGAUAGUUGCUGUUUCUUGAAUUCUACAUAGACUUGUUGUUCUAUCUGGGUUCUUCAAGUAUGGAUUUGAAAACCCGUGAUGAAGGUAACGGUGUUAAGUCACCAAUGAAAUUAGAUAACCGGGAAGAAGUUGUGAAUACAAAGGUGAAGGGUACAGGGAGUGUUAGUAAUAAGGAUAUGUUAUUUAGAGCCGAUAAGAUUGAUUUGAAAAAUCUAGAUAUACAACUAGAGAAGCAUCUGAGUAAGGUUUGGUCUAAAAACACUGUGAAUCAAAGCCAAAGGCCUGCAGAAGAAUGGGAGAUUGAUCUGUCCAAGUUGGAUAUAAGGUAUGUCAUAGCUCAUGGGACUUAUGGGACAGUGUAUCGUGGCACCUAUGACAACCAAGAUGUUGCUGUGAAGCUGUUGGACUGGGGCGAGGAUGGUAUGGCCACAGCUGCUGAAACUGCUGCUCUUCGGGCAUCAUUUCAGAAAGAGGUUGCUGUUUGGCACAAGCUUGACCAUCCUAAUGUUACAAAAUUUGUUGGAGCCUCAAUGGGAACUUCAAACCUUAAGAUACCUUCAAAAGAUUCAGCUGAUGGUCAGAAUUCUCUUCCUUCUAGAGCUUGUUGUGUAGUUGUGGAGUAUCUCCCAGGUGGCACACUUAAACAAUACUUGAUAAAAAAUAGGCGAAAGAAACUUGCCUUUAAGGUUGUGAUCCAACUUGCUUUGGAUCUCUCCAGGGGUCUCAGCUAUCUACACUCAAAGAAGAUUGUGCAUCGUGAUGUCAAAACUGAAAACAUGUUACUAGAUUCUCAAAGAACUCUUAAAAUUGCUGAUUUUGGUGUUGCCCGUGUUGAAGCUCAGAAUCCAAAGGACAUGACUGGUGAAACUGGUACCCUUGGAUACAUGGCCCCGGAGGUUCUUGAUGGUAAGCCCUAUAAUAGAAGAUGUGAUGUCUACAGCUUCGGCAUAUGCUUGUGGGAAAUUUAUUGCUGUGAUAUGCCUUAUCCAGAUCUUAGCUUUGCUGAUGUCUCAUCUGCAGUUGUGCGACAGAAUUUACGACCUGAGAUCCCCAGAUGCUGCCCAAGUUCACUAGCAAAUAUCAUGCGAAAAUGCUGGUAUGCAAAUGCAGAUAAGCGUCCUGAAAUGGAUAAAGUGGUGAGAAUGCUGGAGGCAAUUGAUACCAGCAAGGGAGGAGGGAUGAUACCCGAAGACCAGACUCCAACUUGUUUCUGCUUUGCUCCUGCUCGUGGCCCUUGAUUUUUAUCAUCAUUAUUUUCUCUCCAUUUUUUAUACAAAGAUGAAGUAAAAAAUGAAGGGCCUGUUGCAUUCUUUGCUUGUUUUUAUGUUCAGGAGUGCAGAAAACAUGCUUUAGUAGUUAUUCCAAAUGAGUUCAAUCAGUCUGCCAGAUUCAAACAUUACAUUUCUACAUGAAACUUGUUUCUCUGCUUUGCUCUGUUACUAUUAUUAUU